UUUCACGUAAUUAAAAUGAAUAUAAAAUUCAGCUUCUGUGAUGCAUUUAUGAUACACGAUGUGAGCGAUAUUCAUCAGCAUGUAUUCAACAGGUGCUUAGGUAUUAAAUCUCCAUUUAUAGAAUUCACGGCUGAUUAUGAGACGAUAUCAGACGUGAGUGUAUCACUUAAUUUAAGCGACAAAAAUCCCGAUCCACGACAUCGUAAAAAUGGCUUGCACAAUUUGGGUAAUUUUAUAAAUCCUAUUGGACGUGAUGAGAAGACUGGAUUUAAAGGCAUUAAUAAAACAAAAUUCAGCAUUCAGAGUGAUUUACUUGAAGCAAAAGACUCACGAAAGCAUCAAGAACAGCAAUUAUAUGAGUUACAGCAACAACAAAUUCAAGAAUUACAGCAACAGAAUCUCAAUAAGUCAGCAACAAAUAAAAUUUUGAUGGACAUUAUAAAGCCAAUUGUGACAGACAUUCAUAAGUCUGAAGAUGAUGAGCAUACUUAUAAUAAUAAUAACAACAUCCAGAAAAAUAAUAACAAUAAUAGUGAUCAUCCGACGAUACAAAUCAUUGCUAAUGCCAAUAGUCACUAUGAACAAAUGGAUUCAUAUGCGGACGAUUCACGUCAUAAAGUGAUUAUGCCAUUGGCAUUGAAAACAACAUUAAUAGAACGAGAACGUUCAAUUCCAACGCCAACAACGACACCAAAGCCCCAAUCAAAUAUUGAAGAUCUUAAGAAUCACCUUUUAAUGUUAAAAAAUUAUAGUGAGGUAGAUAAAAGCUUUCAGAGUAAAUUUGUAAUUUUUAAGAAGUCUACAACCACGACAACGACACCAGAGCCAACAACAACUACAAAAGUCACGACAACAUCAGUUAGAACUACCACGAUGCAAUUUCCAAUGACAAUUGGUACAAUGUAUCGUACGAAGCCAUCGAUAAAUAUGCCAAACGUACAAAAUUCACAAAUUUUACGUGAUGUCUCAUAUCCAUAUACGAGAGUUGAGCGUGUAACAGUUGUGCCGCAAGUCUUUUUACAAAACGAUCAACAGCAGCCAGACACUGAAGAAGAAAAGAGACAACGCUCGAUAGAGGAACGCCGUAAGAAUCAGAAAAAUGAAAAGAAAUCGAAAAAGGAGAGGAAGAAGAAUAGGAAUAAUAAGCAACAAGCAUCAAACAUGAUACCGACAACGACAACAGCUGUGCCAUUGCGUUCUAUGCGACGUGAACAAAGACAAAGGCAAUUAUUAAUGCGAUCAUAUAAUAAUGGAAGUCAAGUGCUAAUUGGCACAUCACCGACAACAUCAAGUGAACCAUAUAUAAUAAAUUUGAAUGACAAACCGUACGGAAGUAAUACAAACAUCAAUCAAAAUGACAACAAUCGGAAGUUAUCACGUGCGAUAAGGAGUAAGGCGAAUAGAAGACGUAACCAAAAUAAAAUGCAACGUGACGUAUUGAUUCCGAUUGAGUCAUCGACUGUUAAAAAUGAAACGAAUGAGAAAAUCGAUUUAAAUCCAAAACAUUGUUACGAUGUGAGUGGAAUGAGUAAAGGACAGCAGAAGUUGUGUGAGCAGUUUACUGGAAUUAUGCCAGCUAUAUCACGUGGAGCACGUGCUGCAAUUCAGGAAUGUCAACAUCAGUUCCAACAUCGUCGUUGGAAUUGUUCAACAGUUGAUGAUAAUACUGUCUUCGGGCCAGUCAGUGCCAUUGGGUCACCCGAGAUGGCAUUUGUUUAUGCUAUGGCAUCAGCAGCAGUCACAAGUUUCAUUGCACGUGCAUGUCGCGAUGGACAGCUAACAACAUGUGGAUGUUCACGUUCAGCACGUCCAAAGCAGUUACAUGAAGAUUGGACGUGGGGAGGUUGCGGUGAUGACCUCGAGUUUGGAUACAAAUACUCUCAAAACUUUGUCGAUAUUCGCGAGAAGGAAAGAAAGCGAGGCGCUCGUGGAUUAGUAACAGUUCCAAAGACAACCGAAUUGAUGGGAAAUGAAACAGCUGGAGAUAAUACCACAACUUCAACCACAUUGAGCCCCGAAGAGCAGGCAAAAACAGAUGAGAUGCUUAAACUCCAACAGAAAAUCACGCAAGAAAUUUUAAAUUCAAAUUUAAAAGAGAAGGAAAUGAAUGAGUUGCAGGAGAAAAUCAAUAAGGAAAUUCUCAAUUCAAAGAUUUUCAAUAUGAAUGCGGAUCAUGAGAACAUGGGACGUAAAAAGAAUCGCUUUAAGACAGCAUCUAAUAAGGCGCGUGCAUUGAUGAACCUUCAUAAUAAUGAAGCUGGACGUAGAGCUGCAAUUAAAAAGCAUCAAGUGCUGUGCACAUGCCAUGGUAUUAGUGGUUCGUGCAGUUUAAUCACAUGCUGGCAACAGUUAUCGUCUGUCAGGGAGAUUGGCGACUACUUACGCGAACAAUACGAGCAAGCAACGCAAGUAAAAAUGAAUAAGCGUGGUCGAUUACAAGUAAAAGAUUCUCGAUAUAAAGUACCAACAGCACUCGAUUUAGUUUAUCUUGAUGAAAGUCCUGAUUGGUGUCGUGCAAAUAAGCAACUGCAAUGGCCAGGCACGCACGGCCGUAAAUGUAAUCGUACUUCAACAGGAUUAGACAGCUGUUCAAUUCUUUGUUGUGGACGUGGAUAUAAUACAAAGAAAAUUGUACUUUAUGAGCGAUGCAAUUGCAAAUUUCAAUGGUGUUGUAAUGUAAGAUGUGAGACAUGUAAACGAGUUAUUCAGGAAUACACUUGUAAAUAA